UGCUAAGACUUUCAAAGGUUAAGUUUGUGUACCUGAAGAACAACAAUAGUGUCGAGCUCAUGAGAUCAUUCUUUGAUGAGGAGAACCUUCCUACUGAGUUCGGAGGAAGAGCAAAACUGAAGUACGACCAUGAAGAAUUCUCUAGGCUAAUGGGUGAAGAACAACCCUGCUGCAUUGCUUGCUUUAUGUUGGUAUUGGGCUUCUGAUGGUGUAGGAUCUAAGGACAUGGUAAUUCUUCCUUACAAAGUCAGCCUUCUGUUAUUCAGUUGGUAUCUGCAACAAUUUGAUUUGGAUGGCAAUCGGGUCAAUCAAGGGCUUACUGUUUAUGGGAAUAAAGGAAGCCCAGAUCAGCAUGCCUACAAACAACAGCUGAGAGAGGGUGUGCACAACUUCUCCGUAACAUUCAUUGAAGUGCUUUGUGAGAGACCACCUGGUCAUGAUUGGGAGCUUGAACCUAGUGUUACCUGUGGUGACUAUCUGUUUGGAAUGCUUCAAGGAACGGGGGGAACGGGCUAUGCUCUAUAUGCCAAUGAUCGUGAGUCUAUAACAGUCACUGUUGAAGAAGUGACCCCUAGAUCAGUGGGGGCUCUUAUAGCAUUGUAUGAGCGAGCAGUUGAGAUAUACGCCUCAUUAGUUAAUAUUCAUGCCUAUCAUCAACCUGGUGUCGAAGCUGGGAAAAAGGCAGCAGCAGAAGUAUUUGCUCGUCAAAAACGGGUUCUGGCUGUACUCAAUGAGGCCAGGUAUCUUACUAGAACAAGCUUGUCUAAGAUGGAAACUAUCAGCUCUUAAGGAA